CAACCGGAGCUCAACUCACAUACCAAAGCCACCGCCGGAGUCCACCUCUCUAAUAUCUCAUCAUCACAUCAUGUCAAUGGUGGUUGCAUCUCGGCCCAGCGGCCCUGUCCUUUUGAGCCCCUUUCCCAACUACCAACCCGCCUCGCUCUCCCGUGUCAAGCUCUCCGACGCCGGCUCGCCGGUCAAGUCCGUCAGCGUCUCAUCUCCCCCCUCCUCCCCCACUGCCAAGGUCCGUCGGUCCUGCAUGUGCUCCCCGACGAACCACCCCGGCUCGUUCCGCUGCAGCCUCCACAAGGAACGCAAGCAGGCGGCCCACGCUGGCAGCAGCACCAAGCCCGCCUCACCGCCUUCGCCGCCAUCGAAGCGCACGGCGAGCCCGUUCACGCAGCUCGCCCCCAGCGGCAGCGGCUGCUCUAGACGCUCAUACAGCGGGCUGGCGCAGCGCGUUCCCAUGGGGAGCGGGCACUGGGCGCGCAAGGCGCUCGUGUCGUCCCACGCGGUGCAGCAGCUGCAGUACUGGAAGCGAGCGGUGGAGCAGUUCCACGCUGGGCCUACCGGUUCUCCGCCGCCUCCAUGGCCGGCCGCAGCAACCAGUAAAAACAACAACAUCAUCGACAUACCAUAGCAGCAAGAUACGCACAUGCUGCACAAACUGUACAUAGGAAAGGAAAUCCCCGAAUAAUUCCGAUCGCUGUAUAGAAGGAAGAUCGGUGGGAUCAGUUGGAGUUUUAAGACCCAAUUCGAUUCCGGGCUGGUCAAUUAGCUAGCCAGUAGAUACUGUACAUACAGUGAGCCUCUUCUUCCUCUCCACUCUGCUGCACAUAGAGUGAGUUCGUCGUCUGUGCUCCACUUGUACAUAGAGUGAGCUCUCUCCUCUCUGUCCGCUAGCUGUGUAUAGCCCUUGAUUUUGGUUCUGGAUAUACAUCAAUACAACGAGUCACAA